AUGGAGUCGUUCUUCGACUUCAACCAGGGCACUUCUCUCAACUCUCCUCAACUCUCGGGUCCCACCCCUCGCCCUUCGAUCGAUGCCUCGGCCUACUACAACGCACCCUCGCCCUUUGAGGCAGACGACGCCCACAUGUUUGCCGGCCCAAGCCAUGAAUACGAUCGUUUCAAGCAGCAGACCGGCCUGCCGGUUGGUUCUGUCGCCAGUUUCUCUGCCUUGAACCAGCCCGUCUCUGACACUUUCACCCCCAGCCAUGCCUUUGGCGGUUUCAACUCGGGCAUUGACGACAUGUCCUUUGACCCUGGCUUCAGUGGUUCAUGGUCCUCUGGCAUCGAUCCGCGCUCUGCCGACUUUGUCGACCCGGCUUCCAUUGGCACCGAUGUUUCUCCCAGCAACGCAGGCAGAGUGUGGCCCGGUAUGCACCAGCAGCAGGCGCAACAAGCAGCUAUGGCCAAGGCCCAGAUUCAGGCUCAUGCUCAGCAGCAGCAAAGAAUGCAGUUCGAAGCCCAGCAACAACAGCACAGACGCCUGGCACAGCAGCAGCAGCAGCAGCAGCAGCAACACGCACAACAGCAACAAGCACAACAACAACAACAACAACAACUCGAUGUCAAGCCAAACAGAAGCCGGGCUUCAUCGUACCAGUCUGAUCCCCACACCGAGGAGAGCAUCUCUCGUCUUCUCAACCAAAUGCGUCAAGGUAGCGCUGUGCCCUCUGGCAAGGAGGACUCUGCCAAUGGCAUGCUUCCUCAUGUUGCUCGCAUGCGCAAGGAAGAGGAAGAUAUGGACGAGGACGAACGUCUGCUUAACAGCGAGGAGGGAAAGAAGCUCAGCAGCAAAGAGAGACGUCAGCUCCGAAACAAAGUUUCCGCCCGUGCCUUCCGCUCUCGCAGAAAGGGCGAAGUGGCCAUGAAGGCACAGGAGGCCAAUGACCUUAGAGUGGAGAACCGCAGCCUCCAAGAGGAAAAUGGCCGCUGUCGUCGUCUCAUCGAGGACCCCAGCAUUGCUGGCCCUGUAGGCCAAGCCCAACAAGGUACCGCUGGAUCGGUACCUUCGCAGCGCGAAGCUCCUCUUGAUAUGUCUCUGCUGAACUUGAACAAUGGUCUUCAGAACUCGCGUCCGGGCUCGACAGGCGCUCAGCACGUCCAGGACUUGUUCAGCUGCUACAAGACUACACUAGAUCUCGCAAGACAGCCACCCAAGUCCAAGAAGCUUCGAGUCUUGCGAGGCCUUCUACAGACAACGGCCCGUUCGCGCCUGAGCAGCGCACCCAAGCUCCGGGGCCAGCGACAAGGACACCAUCUCGUUUUCCCGCCGUCCGCCUCUCUCGAGAUACCCAAACGAGAAGGUCUGGUCACUGCGACCAAGUUCCGGAGGAUGCGCUCCUUCUUUCAGUUCGUCACGACGCCGACGGCCGACACACCCGGCACCACACUCCUCCUGCACUUUGACAACAAGCGCUAUCUUAUUGGAAACAUUGCUGAGGGCACUCAGAGAGCGUCGGUCGAACAGAAAGUCCGCUUGUUGAAGGUGUCGGAGCUCUUCUUGACUGGAAACACAACCUGGGAAAAGACGGGAGGAUUGAUUGGCAUGAUCCUGACUCUGGCCGACGCUGCCUCCUCCAAACGCCAAGGUGCCGACAUCAACUACGAAGACAUUGCUGAGCAGGCUGCUCGUGAGGUCAAAGAUAGAGCGCGCCUCUCCAUCUUCGGAGGGCCCAAUCUCAACUACACCUUGGCCACUGCCCGCCGCUUUGUCUUUCGUAAGGGAAUGCCUGUCGAUGUACACGAGUUCGGCCACGAUCUUGCCCAACACCCGACUUCCUCAAUCGAGCCUACAUGGUCAGACGACAACAUCCAAGUAUGGGCCUUGCCUGUUUCUCCCGCCUCAAAGGUAACGAGCGCUUCGAGUAGCCCUCGCAAACGCAGCUACGACGAGCUCAACGGACAGGACGCUCUGAAAACUCGUGCGUCCCUCCACCAGGCAGACAAGGAAAAGGCCCUGAUGAUGUCCAAGGCUGUAGUUUCGGAAAUGUUCGACUCCUCCUGGCGUAUGGAUGCGCUUGUCGAGACUCCCAUCAACGAAGUACAGCUGCCUGCCACGCUGUUUGUUCGCGAUCCAGAAACAAACAAGAUGACAAAGUACACCGGUCCUAUGCCAGGAGGUAAGGAGCCAGUUCCGAACAUCAAGGUUUUGGUCCGUCGUCCCUGGCCUGGUGCUCUUAUCGAAUCUCUUCCACCCACCGAACCCGUAAAGGUAGCCAUGUCAUACAUCUUUCGCAACCACAUCAUGAGAGGCAGGUUUCAGCCACAAAAGGCAAUAGCACUGGGCGUCCAGAAGGGUCCCAAAUUUGCUGCUCUAGGCAAGGGUCAGAACGUCGAGAAUGACAAAGGUGAAAUUGUGACACCAGAUAUGGUGUUGGAGCCAAGCAAACAGGGUGGUGGUGCGGCUGUGAUCGACCUGCCAUCGCGCGAAUAUGUCGAAGCCCUGGUCUCGCGACCUGAAUGGAGAUCGGAAGAGAUCAUGGCCGGUGUCGGUGCCUUCAUCUGGAUGCUUGGUCCCGAUGUUGCUUUACACCCCAUGCUCAAGCAAUUCAUGGAAGACAUGAAGCACAUGAAGCAUGUCGUACUGGCUCUUGACUCGGCCGCUGGUGCUACGAUAAGACUGGGUCAGAUCGACCCUACACGUUACGAUAUUCCAGUACAUGACAAUACAGCCGCCACACAGGCACUUGAAUCUCUGGAUGGCUUGAAAAAUUUGGUGACUGUUGCCGACCGCGGACAAAAGGUGCAGCUAGAGCCGUCGAUAGAGAUUCAAAACAACGAGAUAAACACCCUCCUGGAUGUCGAAAAGGUCAAGGCAGAAAUGUCCAAAGACGUCCUUGAUCUCGCUCGGAUUGCGAAUGAAGACGUCAAAGCUAGCAAACAAGCACUCGACGCCUGGGCCGACAGUCUACCCCAAAAAGACGUAGAAAUCACCACUUUGGGAACUGGCUCAGCCUUGCCAUCCAAGUACCGUAAUGUUUCAGCAACGCUAGUACGCGUUCCGGGUUGGGGCUCCAUGCUUCUCGACGCUGGCGAAAACACUCUUGGCCAGCUGAAGCGUGUAUACGCGCCUAAGGUGCUCGACGAAAUCAUGAAAGAACUGCGCGUGAUAUGGAUCAGUCAUAUGCAUGCCGACCAUCACCUUGGUACUGUUUCGGUCAUCCGCGAAUGGUACAAAACAGUCCAUGGUGCGCGACCAGCAGCAACCAUCAACCCAGGUAGCGAUGUCAACUUUGAUGCUGCUUCAAUGUUCAGCAAACAAGAUCGUCUUUCCGUGAUCUCAGAGGCAGCGAUGUUGCACUGGCUCGAGGAGUACAGCCACGCUGACGACUACGAACAAAACCUCAGAUCCACUCUCCAGUGGUUCAUCCCGCCUCUUUCAACACAAGCUCCUGAUGGCAGCCUUUCUCGCGCGGACGAGCCGUGGGCAGAUAAGACCGCUCGCGCCCAGGUCUUGCCGCAGGCACUAAAUCUCCAGGACAUUCAAUGUGUGCUGGUUCAACACUGUCACGGAGCUCGUGCUGUAUCGGUGACAUUCCCCUCAGGCUUCAAAGCUUCAUACUCUGGUGACUGUCGCCCGUCCAAAGCAUUUGCGCAGAUCGGCAAGGACAGCACAGUGUGUAUCCACGAGGCAACAUUCGAUGACGAGCUGCAAGGCGAUGCCGAAGCAAAGAAUCAUACGACAACUAGCGAGGCUCUCAGUGUGGCCUUGGGUAUGGGAGCAAAAGCCUGCGUCUUGACCCACUUCAGUCAACGAUACCAAAAGGUUCCCGUGCUGGAAUACACAGAGGAAGAUGAUGGUACCGUCAAUUCGCUAGCAGCGAGUGGAGACGAGAUGGAUAUCUCCACAACCACUGACGAUGAUACCGAUGCUCCAGUGAUAGAUACAGCUGCUCCUGCAUCUGAAAGAAAAGCCCCUGUCGCUCCUACGAACACGAGCGAGGUUGCAAAGCACAUCAAGAUCAAGGCAGGAAGUGACAUGAAAGUCUGCGUUGCUUUCGACUACAUGAGGAUCAAGGUCGGAGACAUCGCACAGAUGGAGAAGUACACAGACACGCUCGUGGCAUUGUUCGCCGAAGAAGAGUCAUCGGAAGAGAAACCUGAGCCGAAAACAAAGAAGGUCAAAGGUGGCAAGGGGCAGCGAAACAACUGA